GGAAAUGACAUCAAAAAAAGUUGCAAUCAAAUCUAUUCUCUAAUUUUUAGAGAGUGUUACUUCCUGUUCAUCACUCAAAGGUCCUUUCCAAAAAAACACACGUGUUUCUGUUGUGGUUUUGUUGUUAUUAUCAUAGUUUAGAGUCCAAGAAGCCUGUCCCACUCAGGCUUACAAAUUCUUCGGCAACCAUGAGGGAAUCUCACUUCUCCACUUGUGAACGAAACUUUAUUCUUCAAUCCAUUUCGAAGAAAUUAAGAAUCGAUGGACGCCAGCCUUAUGAUUAUCGGCGACUAAAGAUUACAUUUGGUGUGGAAAGAGGCUGCUGCCAGGUAGAACUUGGUAAAACCAGGGUUUUGGCACAAGUAACAGCAGCUGUAGGACAACCGAAACCUAACCGUCCCACAGAUGGCAUCCUGUUUGUUAAUGUGGAACUCUCUCCUAUGGCAUCACCGGCGUUUGAACCUGGAAGGCUUUCCGAAUUUGGAGUUUAUGUGAAUCGUCUGAUGGAGCGCUGCCUGAAGGAGUCCCGUUGUUUAGACACUGAGUCACUUUGCAUCGUUGCCGGGGAGAAGGUGUGGAUAAUUCGAAUUGAUCUCCAUGUUUUGAAUCACGAUGGCAAUUUGAUUGAUUCUGCGAGUAUUGCAGCCAUAACGUCUCUUGCACACUUCAGACGUCCAGAUGUUGAAGUGAGUGGGGAAGAAGUCACUGUGUUUCCAGUUGAAGAGAGGGAACCAAUUGCCCUCAGCCUCCAUCAUAUGCCCAUCUGUGUCUCGUUUGCUUUCUUUCAAGAAGGCAAAUACGUACUGGUUGAUCCAACAGAGAAGGAAGAGAAAGUGAUGGAUGGUAAAAUGGUGAUUGGAAUGAAUAAAUACCGAGAGAUUUGUACUCUACAGAUGGCAGGUGACAUGCUGUUGAUGCAUGAACAGAUUCUCCGCUGUUCCAAUAUAGCCGUAGUCAAAGUUACAGAAAUAACAGAGCUGAUUCAGAAGGCUUUGGAAAACGAUAAGCAGGCUAGAGCUACUGGUGCCAAGUUUGGGUUUGCAGAAUCUAUGGAACCUCAGAUUAUCAGCAGUGAUUCCAGUGAAUCCAUUAAGCUGUGGGUAAGUCAUAUUACUAAAUUAAGAAUUCUCUGGAAAGAAUGA